AUGUCUUUGCGAAGUUAAAUUAGCAAAUUCCUCUAUUAAUUAUUACAUUUAUAUUUUAUUAUGUACGAACGGUGCGUUAAUUAAACUUUUAUGCCACAGAUUAGAAUGUCGAAUGAAGUAUGAAGCUUUUUAAAUUGAUAGUGCAUCAGAAGAAUUUCAGUGGAGAGGACUUGAUCAUUAAUCCGAAGGAUUAUCCCGGCAUAAAAACCGGUGAUGUCGUCGAAAUUUAUCAUCCCGAAGAUGAGUUCAGUCGCUUGUUGUUGCAAGUUACCUCCUUCAAGGAAGAUCUCCAGGGACGCGAAACCAUCAGCGUGGAAAAUAAUGUAGCGUCGAUGUUCCAACUGCGAACGUUUGCUGAUGUUUACAUGAAUAUAGUAAAUCCGGAUGAUGUAGCUCUAGAUUCUAUAGAGUUAACUUUUAAAGAUCAGUAUAUGGGACGUAGUGAGAUGUGGCGUUUGAAAAAUAGCUUGGUAAACACUUGCGUAUAUAUCAAUAAGAAGAUAGAGUUUUGUGGUGGUAGUAUACGUUGUCAGGUAUACGAAAUGUGGUCACAGGGUGAUCGUGUUGCUUGCGGCGUUAUAACUGAUGAUACUAAAGUAGUGUUUCGAUCUUCUACAAGUAUGGUGUAUCUGUUUAUUCAAAUGAGUACUGAAAUGUGGGAUUUUGAUAUACACGGAGAUCUUUACUUUGAGAAAGCGGUUAAUGGAUUCUUAGCGGAUUUAUUUCAGAAAUGGAAAAGGAAUGGCAGCAAUCAUGAGGUUACCAUAGUACUGUUCUCAAGAACUUUUUAUAAUGCAACCACUUUGGAGGAAUUUCCAAAUUAUAUGAGAGAGUGUUUGCAACAUGAUUACAGAGGAAGAUUUUAUGAAGAUUUUUAUAGAGUUGCAGUACAAAAUGAAAGGUUUGAAGACUGGAGUAAUAUCUUGGUACAGUUACGUAAACUAUUCACUGAUUAUCAAAAAAUUGUUUUGGAAUAUCACCAAAAACCAGGUAUUAAUAUGCCUAAGGCAGUAAAUUCUACUGCUGCACAGGGCAAUUUUCUGGAAGUGUUAAAUAUGUCUCUGAAUGUUUUUGAGAAACACUACUUGGAUCGCAGUUUUGACAGGACUGGUCAGUUAUCUGUAGUCAUUACACCUGGAGUUGGAGUCUUUGAAGUUGAUAGAGAGCUGACAAAUGUGACAAAGCAAAGAAUCAUUGAUAACGGUGUAGGAAGUGAUUUAGUAUGUGUUGGGGAACAACCACUUCAUGCAGUUCCAUUAUUAAAGUUUCAUAAUAAAGACUCUUCUAUAAAUGCACCAGAUGAUUAUAGCAUGCCUCACUGGAUAAAUCUUAGUUUCUAUUCCACAAAUAAGAAGAUUCCUUAUUCCACAUUUAUACCACGAAUAAAAUUGCCGCAAAAGAUAUCGAAACAUCUGACAGAUAAUGACAAAUUACAUUGCAAAACCAGACUUUUGCAGGAAGAUCCAAGAGAAUGUCUACAUAAUACAUUAUUCGAUUAUGAUGCUUAUGAUGCACAAGUGUUUCAAUUACCCACAGUUCAUACUUCAAGUGUACAAAGAUUAAAUACAAGAAGGAAAAAGACAAGCGUAGUGUGUCUUGAAACUCAUAAUAAUGGCUAUUUAUUAAAGCUCUUAAAACGUAAAAUGUCGGAUCCUGAUAUACAUCAUCCACCACCUGAAACACAUUCACCGCCAAUUCUUGCAUUACGUAGUGCUGCGAUAACGAUACCACAUAAAACUGAUGACGGUAAUAUCGAAUCUAAUGAGGAUAGAACUGAUGUAUCCAAAACAUCAGUUAAAAGCGAUUUAACUGACUCUGAAAUAUCUCCACCUUUUAGACCUGUUGUUGGUAGUGCUGGUAGCCCGACAAACUCAAUUUCUCAGCCAACGAAUAUACUUAGGCCUGGUAGAGCAUUAAUCAAUCCUUUUGAUCCAUCACAUGUUACCAUUAAACUUACCAGCAACAGACGACGGUGGACUCAUAUAUUUCCGAAAGGGCCUACAGGAGUUCUAAUACAGCAACAUCAUUACCAAGCUGUUCCAAUGCAGUCACAUUUGGAGUUACAAAGUGAGGCUAUAUCAUCGACCAUGAGUGGAUCUCCGAUGGAAGUUGGGGCGAAUAAUUCACAUCAGAUUUUAAGAUCAGCAUCUCAAACAGGAUUUCAAGAUUACACGAAAGGAAAGUCAUCGCAACCUAAUCCCCCUACAGUUGCUAAUGGAGAUAAAGUUGCGAAUCCUUCAGCUAUGGCAAAUAAAAGUCUUACUCUCCUGUGGGGUGCUACUGGUGAGCAGGAAUGGACGCCUGCUCUAACAACAGCAAUCAUAGGAGUCGACUGGAAAUCUUUGACAAUUCCCGCGUGCCUGCCCAUCACUACUGAUUACUUCCCAGAUAAACGGAGUUUACAAAACGAUUACGUUGUGUCGGACUACAAUCUUCUUCCAGAUGAUGUUAACGCUGAUUUUGCUCAACAACGAGCAAUAUACAAGAAACCGCUUACAACUGUCGAAGUAUUUAAAGAGCUGGUCUCACAGCGUUUGGCCCAAGGUUUCCAGUUAAUUAUUUUACCACCACUUAACAAGAAUCAAAGUAACGCCGCUGGUAGCAAUACCGUUCCAACGAUUAGUACAGUAAUGCGUGGCAGACAGACUGAAUCUGAACCUAAAGAGGAAUAUCUACUUAGCAUUGGAAGAAUUUUUCAUAAAAUAUCACUAUUCGAUAAUUCUAUAACAGUUACAAGAUACCGUCCACGGCACCCUUAUCCACCCUUUAAUAUUCACUAUCAAUAUCGAUUUCAUGCUCCGCAUCAUGAUACGUAUGAAGUCUCGCGAGUGUCUUUUACCACAGAAAAACUUGAGACCUAUAACUGGAAUUAUCUGGACCAUUAUAUUUGCACACGAGGUCAUACUGAUUUUGCUUUAGUGGAAGAUCUUAAAUAUGCUUUCUUUCAGGCUCUCAAAUAUUGGAGGUUUCGAGUAUUUCUAUUACCAUAUAAUAAUCCUGCGACUCGUAAAAUUUUAGAAGGUUUUCCAAGAUGCGAUAUAUACACUACACUUAGUAAUGCUGAACAAGCAUCAUUGAUGGACGGUUUUUUGCGCUUUAUCGAGGGCUGGCUGAACAAGAUACGGCGACCGAAUCCCAAUAAAAACUGGCAUGAUAUGUUUCAGAGCCCCACAGCUCUAGGUGGUGUCCCUCCAAGAGAUCCUGCCUCUCAUUUGACCAGACGCAGGCACAGCACGAGCCUGAUAUUCCUCACUAACCAGGAGAGGCAUGUAGUGAAUACCGCUGCGGCUGCCCGCACGUGCCUCGACACUCCUCGCCACGUGCCAAACAGAUCUGGUUCCAAAGUAAUGGACAGAGGACGUGUAUCACCUGCCAGUGAAGCUGUUUUGCCGUUGUCGCUCGAGCAACAGCAGCAGGAUCAUUUUGAUGCUAAUGACGACAGUGCAAACCAGGAGCUAACCAAGAUCAAAAAUAAUGCGACAAACGUGGAAAUUUUGGAAGCCAUGAAACAUCCUCAGACUGGUGUUGGUUUCUUAACGCAACAUCCCUCGCUUCCUAGCCAAACAUUUGUUAGCGCUGAUGCAAUCCAAUGGUUAAAUAACCAUGUAGAAGGAGGCAUGGAAAUCGAACAUGGUAUUAAUAUUAUGAAGGGAAUGAUUCAAGACAAAUUGAUAUGUCAUGCAUCCGGUGACUUCUCACAACCCUUUGUCCUCGGAUUUUAUUUGUAUCACAUCGUGCAGGAUAAAGAAAAUCAAAAAGCCGCAGACUAUUCCGCUCCGCUCGGGAAUUUGCAAAGUUUUGAGAAUGAAUGGGUAGAAAUAGAGAUGAGACCAUCGAAAGGAUGGUGUGAACCAACAUCUUCAACAACAAUGUCCACGGUAUCCACAAUUCCUAGUUGCGACACUAUUGACGAAUCUAGUGUUCCAUCUUUUCUGAGAGAUGAUAUCGAUUUAACUGAAUCAAUGGAUGAUAGAAAUUGGACAGUGCCAUUGUAUAAACACACUCAUUUGGAUAUUGAUAUCAAUAAUAAAAGUGACAGGAUCGAGUGGGGUCAUUUAAGAUAUCAAUCUAUUUAUAAAGUAGAUAAUUCUUACGAACUCGUAGUACAAUGGGUAGCAUCAUCAGGCAGUAUAGUGGCUGAUCUGAUAUUCGUUUGGCAACGCAAAGCUCAAAUGUGCGGGAUACAAAUGGUACCAAUUCCCAGCGAUUUGUUGGCACUACCAUAUACUUUGAAGAGCGAUCCUCUCAGAGGACCUAUUUUUAUACCACUUGAUACGGAAUGCUUAAUGACAAAUAAGCGGCACCUCUUUGAAGAAUUCCGAGAAGAUACCUAUGCGCAAAGGCUAUUUUUGUUCCAAGAAGCAAUUCUGCAGAGAUUUGGUUUCAUGUCGUGCUUAGUCGAAAAUACCGAAAAUGAUCGUCAGUACGUUCACAUCACUGGUAAUGCAUUUAUAUUAGUGCCAUCCAGCACGAAUAUUCGGCCGCGUCCACGAACUGCUACCAAUGUCGUGCGGCGAAAUACAGGACAGAAAAGAUAUCCGGUUCAUCCGGAUCAAUCUAGUCCGCACGAAGCGUACAUUACCAGACAUGUUGGCGGAAAAAAGGAUGACCAUAGCACAGAUAGGAAAAUGGGCUUUUUAUGGUCUUGGAAUCAUAUGGUCAGCCGUAAGUGGAAGUCGUUAUCUCUUUCGGCGGGCGAUGAAUUUUUCCAAAAGAAAAUCAUACAAGAUUUUCGACACUUUUGUUCCAAUGGAGACAAUAGACUUAAAGAAUUUUGGGAAUCUUGUUGGGAGUUAAAAGAAAAAACUUGUACAAAAGCAAAGUAG